GCUCGACCCGCUCUCCGUGGAGGAGAUCGGUGGACGUUCUGAGGACGUUUAACUAAAGGCAGAAGCUGAGGAAGAUUGUCAUUCUGAUACUGUCAGAGCAGAUGAUGAUGAUGAAAAUGAAAGUCCUGUUGAAACAGAUCUUCAGGCGCAACUACAGAUGUUCCGAGCUCAGUGGAUGUUUGAACUCGCCCCAGGUGUAGGCUCUAGCAACUUAGAAAACCGAUCUUGCAGAGCCACGAGAGGCUCUCUACAGAAAGCAGCAGCAGAUACCAAAGGAAAACAAGAGCAGGCAAAAGAAGAAAAGGCUCGAGAACUCUUCCUAAAAGCGGUAGAAGAAGAACAAAAUGGAGCUCUCUACGAAGCCAUCAAGUUUUAUCGUAGGGCUAUGCAACUUGUACCUGAUAUAGAGUUCAAGAUUACUUAUACCCGGUCUCCUGACGGUGAUGGCGUUGGAAACAGCUACCUUGAAGAUAACGAUGAUGACAGCAAGAUGGCAGAUCUCUUGUCCUGCUUCCAGCAGCAGCUCAUGUUCCAGGAAUCUGCACUCAAACUGUGUCAGCCCGAGCUUGAGAGCAGUCAGACUCACAUUUCAGUGCUGCCAAUGGAGGUCCUGAUGUACAUCUUCCGGUGGGUGGUAUCCAGUGACUUGGACCUCAGAUCAUUAGAGCAGUUGUCCCAGGUGUGCAGAGGAUUCUACAUCUGUGCCAGAGACCCUGAGAUAUGGCGUCUGGCCUGCUUGAAAGUUUGGGGCAGAAGCUGUAUUAAACUUGUUUCAUACACAUCCUGGAGAGAGAUGUUUUUAGAACGGCCUCGUGUUCGGUUUGAUGGCGUAUAUAUCAGUAAAACUACAUACAUUCGUCAAGGGGAACAGUCUCUUGAUGGUUUCUAUAGAGCCUGGCACCAAGUGGAAUAUUACAGGUACAUAAGGUUCUUUCCUGAUGGCCAUGUGAUGAUGCUGACGACCCCUGAAGAGCCUCAGACCAUCGUUCCCCGCUUAAGAACAAGGAAUGCCAGAACUGACGCCAUUCUACUGGGUCAUUAUCGCUUGUCACAAGAUACAGACAAUCAGACCAAAGUAUUUGCUGUAAUAACUAAGAAAAAAGAAGAAAAACCACAUGACUACAAAUAUAGAUAUUUUCGUCGUGUUCCUGUACAAGAAGCAGAUCAGAGUUUUCAUGUGGGGCUACAGCUGUGUUCCAGUGGCCACCAGAGGUUCAACAAACUCAUCUGGAUACAUCAUUCUUGUCACAUCACUUACAAAUCAACUGGUGAAACUGCAGUCAGUGCUUUUGAGAUCGACAAGAUGUAUACCCCCUUGUUCUUCGCCAGAGUCAGGAGCUACACAGCAUUCUCAGAAAGGCCCCUGUAGACCCCUGGUCCAGCCCUCCGUCACUGUUGCAUGAAUUAAAGUAUAUAGUGCAGAAGAGCACCUAAGUUAUAAAUGUACAUAUAUAUAUGGAAUUGGAACUUAUUUUAAAUUGUUGGAGUUCUUUUAAGAAGAGUAUAAAUUGAUUAUUUUUUUUAUUUAAAGGAUAGUUGAUUCUUGGGGUGUUUUGUUUUGAAAUUAAAGAAUUUGAAAUAAGUUGUCUAAGUAUAUUUAUGUUACAGAAAAACCUUAUAUGAGGUUUAAGUCAUGUCUUUUUCAAGCAGAUUUCUGAGCAGAUUUCUGUCACAUAAAUCUUCUACCUGAGCACCCUAAUAUGUAUGUAGGUGCAUCAGGGGACAACUCCACUGGAUAAGCUUUUUAUUUCCCGCAUGACAUAAUGUCUUUGCACUCAGGCUAAAAAUGUGAAAACCUGUUCUGAAUUUGUUUGAAACUGUUUUACCAGUAAAGAUCAUAAAUAAAUGUUACUUUCAAGAAAAUA